AUGACCGCUGGAAUGGCUCAUCAUCUUGUCAGCCGCGCUAUAGACGUCACCCAGCAGCACUACAACGGCAACGACGCAGAACAGACACUUUACAAGUUCCACUGGGCCGCCGUGCUCAUCUUCGCUACCGUUGCCCUCUACUUGGCCGUGAUCUCCAUGAUCUCCUACACCUAUGGCGACGUCGUAGCAACACUUACCAUCAUCGAGACUCCCACCGCCACAGCCUUCAAGACUGAAUACUCCGACUCCGAUGAAAUCGACGCACCUCUCAUAUCUCAAGACGAGAAAUCCGAGAAGGCCAAGGUCAUCGAAUCCGACCUCUUCCUCGUCAAGCAAAAGCCCAUCACAUCCAAAAUACGCACAACCAUCAAGCACCUCCGCGCCCAAGCCGGUCCUCUAGCCCGUUUCCGUGGUCUCCACGUCUCAAUCAUCUAUCACAUUCUGCACGGCGGCGUCGUCGGCUUCUUCAGCUCCCACGUCAUCAGCCACCCUGUCGCUCGCCCCUUCAUUGCCGUCUUCGCAAGCAUCGCGCUUUGCCGUCUUCAGAUGACCUGGACCCACAUCGUCAUCUCUAACCGUAGCAGCAAGAGCUGGUUCCGCCGCAUCCCCUCCAGGACUGCUGUUAGGAACAUCCUCAUUCCCACCGCUGUCUUCGCCAUCGCCGAACAAGCUACAAUCUACGUGCCAGGCGCUCUUUUCCUCCUUGCUGCCCAGGCUUUCAAUGAAGAGGCCCGUGAAAAUGUCGCUCGCGCGCAGAAUAUUGCCUUGCUGCAGAUGUUCCUCAUCGGUCUCAUCGGCAUUGGCAUCUUCGUUCUUGUCGUCAUCCCAGCCGACGUCACACUCAAGCGUGUCCAAGCUUCCAUGCUGCCUGAGGAGGAUGAGGCUAUUGUCCCCUUCGACCGCACCUUCGGUGGCAAAGUCAAACCGGAGAUUUUGGGCGGCAGCGGUGCCGUGUCGAUGCUUGAUGCUUGGAAGUCGUUUGACGGAUCUGCAAGGAUCAGGCUGAUGAAGCUCUACCUCAAGGUCUUCCUCAUCUCCGUCUUUACUACCAUCAUGUUCAUCAUGGUUUUGGUUGGAGAGCUCAGGUUGAUCAUGGGCGACAAAUUCAAUGGAUUGGCUGGAAAGGCGCAUGAGGGCCUCCAGCAAGUAAGAGCCGGAAGCCCCAUGUUCUAG